CAUCUAUCCAUAACAACGAUCGGAGAGUAUUUUCUACAUAGAGUUCUUUAUUAUAUUUUUAAACAACAUUGUAUAACACAACACACACAUGGACGUGCACGUGUAGCUGUCCACUAUCGUAUCUAAUCUUGUGCACAUGGACUACCUGUGAAAUAAUGUACCCGAGGAUAGCUACCGGACUACAGAGAUUGUAAACAUUCCUUUUCCGUUGCGAUGAUUCGGUUGACAUUGUUCGGAGCUUUGCUGGCAUGGUUUCUUUACAGUUACUUGGAUGGUAAAAUCCCGGAACCGAUUCCAGAACAAUUCACGGUGAAGCUGAUCGACGCCAGUAUGAAGACAUAUGGACACACGAUGGGGGCCUUAAUAAGUCUAGGUGUGACGACGCAAUUUUCGGAUUUGGAUAGAGCUAUGGGUGACCGCUUUAUUUUACUUAUGACCACUGGAUUUCCGUGGAGCCUCGGCGCUGACCCACAAUUACAGAUAACGAACACCACGAUGAGCGGUGUCCACGUGAGGAUUUAUGAACCAGUGACGUCAUUGCAAGUAGCAGAGAGACCAGUACUCGUCUACUUCCACGGAGGAGGAUGGAGUAUGCUAUCUGUUGAUUCAUAUGAUCCACUCAUGAGAAAGAUAGCCAGGGACAGUGGAAUCGUCGUCAUCUCUGUCAACUACAGACUUAGCCCACAAUACCCAUAUCCGGUUCCGUUACAAGACUGUUCUGAUGUUGUGGAAUACGUCAUAGAAAACUGUGCAACUUUGAGUAUAAAUCCGCGGAAAAUAGCGAUCGGUGGUGACAGCGCCGGGGGUAACAUUGCGGUAGUGUUAUCCUACAAGUUCAAAUAUAAGUUAGCAUUACAAAUUGUACUUGUUCCAGUUCUACAGAUGGCAAAUUGGAAUACAACGUCGUUUAUUGAAAAUGCUCCAUACCUAGCGAAAAGUAUUAACAGCCCGGACUCAAUAUUUUUUGUUCUGAAUUAUUUAAACCUUGAUUAUAAAUACGGUCAAGAUUUCCUAAAGAAUAAUCACACGUCGUCUGCGUUUAAGAAAUCACAUUACAUGAAAUUAAUUGAUCAAAAUAGGUGGGUACCAAAACAAUAUAUUAGAGAUAAAACUCUGAUGGAGAACAUCGAACUACAAACAGAUUUUGGAAAUGAAGAAUUAUUUUCAAUAAUAGAAAGCCGAAUCACCAAUCCCCUGAUGUCACCGUUGCUUGCUGGUGACGACAUGUUAACGGGAUUACCUUUGACCUAUGUUGCCACGAGUGGGUAUGACUUUAUACGAGAUGACGGAAUCAUGUUCGCCGAAAGGCUUAAACAUGCAGGACAGGAAGUGGUCCACCAACACUACCACGAAGCCUUCCACAAUUCACUGUUCUUCGCACACGGACCUCUGAAGCUUGACGUCGGGGUCCGAAUUGUACAAGAUAUCGUUAACAUUCUCCGGAACACUUUACUGUAACACAGAAGUUCUUAGUCUAAGUGUUAAGUUCAUUUUCCGGAGGAACACCUUACUUGUCCGGAGGAACACUUUACUGUACAACGCUGGUCCAAAGUGUACAUGUUUUAGCUAAUUUCCCAUUACUUUUGUUAGUUUAUCCUCCGGGACACAUUAAUGUGACAGAGUGACUUUAACUCUGCUUAUGUAAAUCUAUCCCGCGGGACACCUCUGAUUAUUGUUACCCGGUGAUUCUUAGUUCGUGUUGUUAUGUUUAUUCUCAUGGACACAUUUCUGUAACACAGUGGUUCUUGCUAUGUGCGUUUCAGUUAUUUUUUCUGGAAAAUAUUACGUAUAACGGUAUUUCUGAGCCUGUGUGUUUCAGCUAGUCCUGCGGGACGUGUUAUUGUAAACUCGGUGAUUGCUGCUCUGCGUUUUUAGGUAGCAAUCUAAUACACCUUCCUUGUGGCGGGAUAUAUUCUGAAUAAAAUUUGUA